GAUAUGUGAUAGGGCAGGCAUGGCGAUCGGUGAGCGGUUCUCCGGGAAUUGGUUCUUGGAUUUCCUUCGGUCGCAUCCGAACAGACCCCACCUGAGCGGAAUAACGAUCGGCAAACCCUCCGCAAAAGUAACGCGAAAUCGCAACAAAACAAUUUUCCGAACCAAGCGCCUUGUGUUACGAAUCCCCGUAGGUAGCUAAGACGUGAAAUUGAGGUGCGCGAAGAGAACUGCGAGCAGGCAAGCCCACCCACCGCCCGUCCAUCAACCAUGCCCUGCCCAACAUGCAACGACCUCCAUCCGCGCCCACCAGACCCAAAUACACAACGCCGCAGCUCACGAGACGACCUCACCAUCUUAACAGACGACUGCUUCGAUUCCGCGGAGACAACCGGCUGCGAAACCUGCAAGCUGCUCUCAGAAAUCGUCGAAUACUUCGACGCCACGCAUCUCCCCAGCGUAACCGUCAAGCAGGCGAGCCACCAAGGGGGUGUGCUGCAAGUAUGGCUGCUCGCCGAUCUCGACGAGGACGACGUGCUGCUCGACGUUUUCGUCCCCGAAGGCGAGGAGUCGGGGCAUCCGCGCAUUGGCAGCGCGCCGGGGGUGCGCACGGUGGCACCGUCGUCCAUUGAGGACGAGUGUAUGGAGAAGUUGAGGAGGUGGGUUGAUGAGUGCGAUGAGGGGCAUAGGAAUUGCGAUUUCAAAGAGCUGACGGAGCUACCGACGCGAGUCAUCAAUGUAGGCUUGGACGGGGACGCGCCGUUCCUCAUGGAGACUCAGGGCAAGCGCGAGCAGUACGCGACACUCAGCUACUGCUGGGGAAAGACGCCGCAGCUCAAGACAACGAGGGCGAGGCUAGAAGAGUUCAAAGAGGCGCUGCCGGAAGACCUGUCACUAGUCGCUUACGAGGCGAUUAAAAUCUGUCGGGAUUUGGGGAUCGCGUAUCUGUGGAUCGAUGCGUUGUGUAUUGUGCAGGAUGACGAGGAGGACUGGCAGCGCGAGGCGGCGAAGAUGUGCGAGGUGUAUUCGUCGUCGUAUCUUACCAUUGCGGCGGCGGGCGCGCACGAUAAUGAGGACGGUAUCUUCCAGGACCAGUAUAGCGGGGAUGUUGAACGGCUUGGAUUGUUCUUGUUCCGCGGUCACCAGAUCUAUGUGAGGGUUGGGCCUUGGCAGUAUCACCUUGGUCAUCCUUUGGGUUUGAAUUUCGACGAGCAGUAUGCGGACCGGUUGGCGGAGAAGUCAUGGCUACUGCGCCCGGAGGAACUCCCCCUUGUUCACAGGGCGUGGACAGUGCAAGAGCGGAUGCUUUCGAGGAGAGUGGUGUACUAUACGCCGGAGGAGAUGUGGUGGGAGUGCGACUCGUGGUGGUAUUGUGAAUGCGGCACCGCGGAUGAGGAGAAAUACCCAGACGACGAAGACGGUUCCCAGUACCUGCGAACUAUGACGGCAGUCCAGGAGGCUAAUAGAGGCUCUUUCGACUGGCUCCGAGAUCCGCAUCGGAAAGUCCCAAUGAGCCUGGAAAACGCCUAUCAUAAAUGGUGCACGAUCGUCGCCAUGUUUUCGGCUGGCAACCUCACCUACGCGAAGGACAAACUGCCCGCCCUUUCUGGUCUAGCCCAUCAAUUCAAAACGAUGUUGAAGGACCGUUUCGACUUCAAUGAUGAUUAUGUUGCCGGAAUGUGGCGACACAACCUGGAGAGGCAGCUCCUGUGGGUAGUAACGGACCACGUUCCUAGAGCAAAGCCAUUGGCGCCGCGGCCCCCAGAUUCGGCAAUCCCAACCUGGAGUUGGAUGUCUGUGACCGGCAACAUCCACUUCAUCUCAGACGAGCGCGACAUGAACUUCACACCCCGAUUCCGGAUCGUCGACGUCUCCACAGAGCCUAUGACCGCAGACUGGGCCGGCAUGGUAAAGGGAGGGAAGCUUGUGCUCGAAGGCUGGGUUGUUCACGGUGUUACCCAUGCUGCCGACAGACACAUGCGAAGAGCUAGCAGCGUGCUCAUGAGAAUUCCGAAUUCGAGCGAUGUGGUGCCGGUGCAAAGGGAUACUGCAGACGAGAUGGGGCCUGGGCCUUACAUAUGUCUGUAUGCUGCGGGUAUGGGCUCAGGCGAGUGGUCGAUUCGGGAGGCCAAUAAUGAGCUGGGGAAUGUGUUCUUUCUUUUGAAGCCCUCAGAGCAUGUUCAGGGGUCGUACGAACGCGUCGGAAUGGGCUUGGGCUUGAUCCCUAUGAUGAUGAAAGGGCUGUGGGAUGAGGCGAAAAUGGAGACCAUAGCAAUCGUGUGAAUGGACGCGUAGUAUGGCGAAGAUAGCUUCC